AGUAAACUUUCUUUCUCUUCUACAAUUGGCAAAGUGAAGGUGAUGGCAAAGAAGAACCUAAAAAAUGCACUUCGAGCUCAUGAAGCAAAAAAGACCCAAGCUUUGAAAGAGGAAAAGGUCAAAGAAGCAGCACAACGAAAGGCAGCGAGUAUAAAGAAUGCAGCAGGUACCAACAAGAAAAGGAAGAAGGAUGUCGGACCAAAUGAUCAGGAGGAAAAGGAGAUUAAGAGAAGCGUGGAAGACACGGCUUCGGACAAGAAUAAAGGACCGCGAGUAAAGAUGUUUCAAGCAGAUGAAACGAUCUUGUUGGUCGGAGAAGGAAACUUCUCGUUUACCAAAUCGCUUCUUCAAUCUCCGCAUAAUCAUUCUCCUUCGCAUAUAGUCGCAACUGCCUUUGACAAUGAACAGCAAUGCUACCAAAAGUACCCAGAUGCUGAGAAGAACGUCAAAGAGAUUCGCUCGAUUGCCGGACGGCAAGAUAUCGUGUUGUUCGGAGUAGAUGCAGGGAACUUGUUAGCCCAUAAAGGACUUCAAAAGGCCACAAAAUCGAUCAAAUCAAACACUUUCCCUGCAAGCUGGAAUAAGGUUGUGUUCAACUUUCCGCACAUCGGUGCAGGACAUAAAGAUGAAUCAAGAAAUGUACUUGCAAAUCAGCUUUUGUUGAUCCGAUUCUUGGUAAGUGCUGCACCACUGUUGAAUUCAGGUCAGCCUCCUCUUUACGUUCAAAAACAACUCGGGAAGUCUCAACCACAAAAGAGAAAGCGUGUGGAUGAAGAGCAAGACGAUGAUGAGAUUGAAGGUGAAUUUGAAGCAGAUCAUGAUUACGAGAACGACUUCUCCGAUACGAACGAUGAAGAGGGUAGAGAACUACCUUUGAAGACAUCAAGCGCAGUACAACCGACUAUUGUUCGUCCAUUGCCAUAUGCUGGCAGUAUUCUGGUAACUCUACGAGAUUGCAAACCAUACACAUUGUGGGAUGUAGCCACAUUAGCAAAAAGGGUUUCAUCUGUUUGGCAAACGAUUAUGCAAAGCGCUCCUUCCCCUGGAAAGGGUAUUCGAAUGCCUUCCAAGGAGGAUAUAAAUCUUAUUUCAAAAAUAAUCGAAUCAAGCAAUUCGUAUACAUCGACUGCUAGGAAGAACAGUGACGGUAGAAAAGGGUAUUUGAUUUGGCAGAGUUUUGCAUUUGAUCCCAAGGACUGGCCUUGUUAUGCACAUAGAAGGACAAUCGGAUGGAAAGAAGGCGUGAGUAAAGCUGAAAACGAAGAAAUUUUGAGAGGCAACCAUGACGAUGAACAACGUGCUCCUUGUCGUACAUGGCAAUUCGGUCUGGCUGGAUGAGAAUCUGUAUCAUUGUAAUAUAGUGUAAUUCUAUCGCAUGUUUAAUCGUAUUUCCCAUUGUUCCU